AUCAUUCCAGGCUCUACUCCAAGCAUAAAAAAAUGGAAGGAAGAGGGCAAAAGAGCGGGAAGCCGGCUUCAGUCCCGCGACCGCGCACGCGCUCCGGCGCUUUCAGGUGUGGGCGCGGCCGCGCAUGCUCCGUUCCUCCCCCUCGGCGGAUGGUGCCCGGCGCCGCGAUGGAAGCGGGCAAGAUGGCGUCGCCCAAGAGCGCCCCGAAGGACGCGCAGGUGAUGGCCCAGAUUCUAAAAGAUACGGGAAUUAUUGAGUAUGAACCGCGGGUUAUAAACCAGAUGUUGGAAUUUGCAUACAGAUACGUGACGACGAUCCUGGAAGAUGCAAAAAUUUAUUCCAGCCACGCCAAAAAGUCAAGCGUUGAUGCGGACGACGUGAGGUUAGCCAUCCAAUGCCGGACAGACCAGUCGUUCACUUCCCCACCGCCCAGAGACUUUUUGCUGGAUAUUGCAAGGCAGAAAAACCAGACCCCGCUGCCUUUGAUUAAACCCUACUCGGGACCAAGACUGCCUCCAGACCGAUACUGCCUGACAGCUCCAAACUACAGACUGAAGUCUCUGCAGAAAAAGAUCUCGUCGUCUGCUGGGAGGAUCACCGUGCCCCGGCUGAGCGUUGGCGCCGUCAGCAGCCGACCUAGCACACCCACCUUAGGACCCCCUUCGGCGCAGGCGGUCUCCGUUUCGGCCAAAGUCGGGACUCCCGUCUCGCUGACCGGACAGAGGUUUACCGUCCAGAUCCCCACCUCUCAAACAUCUGUGAAGUCAGUCGCCCCCACCACCCCCACCGUGCAAAACGUCCUGAUCAACCCCUCGCUGAUCGGCUCCAAGAACAUCCUCAUCACCACCAACAUGGUCUCCUCCCAGGGCGCCGUGGGCGAGGUGCCCAACCUCUUGAAGCGGAAACACGAGGAAGAGGAGGAUUACGACGUUUUAUGAGCUCCCAUGGGGCUCGGCUCCCCCCCCCCCCGCGACCGCCCACCACGCUCCUUCCAAAAUCUUGUGCCAAACCAGGUGCAUUUUCAACCGGGACACCCCAGACUUAAAAAGGUCCACCUUUUUGGCGUUUCUCGCAAAAUUGCAUUGGAGGGACUCUGAGCUGUUUGCAGGCAGGAGAGUUUUGUGUGUGUGUGUGUGUGUAUGAGAGAGUUGUGGGGGGGCUGUCAAAGGAGGAGGAACUGAAGCCAUCCAGCCCCCUCUCCUCGCAAAAAGACGGUGCUGUGAUUUUAACUAGGCGGAUAAAGUGCAUUUAUCUGUCUUCAUCUAACUUGGAAGGGAAGGAAAUUUUGACUAGGGAGGUGUCGGGUUCACACAACCGUGGUUUUUUUGUGUGUGUGUCAUUUGAGGUCCCCUGUCCUGUUGUGGGAAACCCCCUCCGCUAUCGCUUCUGUGUUUGUGUGUGUAUGUGUGUUAAGUCGUCCGUCGAUUCUGCAGAGACUGGGAUGCGAAAGAAGUUCAUCCCCCCCGCCCCCCGUAUUUCGUGUGCUUUUUGUUUCCUGAAAGGAACGGAACAAUUUCGGUGCGGCACGAAACCACCUCUGCCAAGUUUUGUUCUGUUCACGUCACCCGGAAAAGGACAGGGCCUUGUGUGGCUGUGAGGAUUGCCGACCCUCCUUGCCGUUCUUUUGUAGGUCACUGCCACAAACAGCCACAAUUUUGUAUUUCUUUGAGAGCUGUGUUCUAAAUUAAACAUUUUUUUUUUCCAUUGAGGAAUAAUGCAA